CGGAAGUAGACUACGAGCCACUCUUUUCUCUUUGCUCCGUGGCAGUCUGUAACACAGGUUGUUAGUUACUGCUGCAUUUCUACUAGACCUCACCGCUAUAAGCACGGAGAUGACUGCACAAACUCAGGAGUAGGUCAUUGUUGCAUGGACUUGCACAGGAUAAAUGUAUGAAGACACUGAUACACUGGAGCCGAGAAACAAGACCCUCACAGUAAAAUGACAUAAAAGACCUUUGAAAUCUUUAAGAUGAUGUUCAGAAGCAUACUGCAAAUUAUGUGAUUGGAGGGGAAGGGAAAUGCAGACCUCCCAGCUGUAGCUUGCAUGCGAGUGUGAUGCCCAGGCGGGGGUUGCCACUCCAGGGCCGGGUACGCUGGCUCUUUCUGGGCCUCUUCCUGCUGCUGGUGCUGCUGCUGUUCGCAUACCUGCUGGAGUGCACCCCUCCAGGAGAUGUCAGUAUGGUCCCCCCCGGCCCAGCAGGAGAGACCUAUGGGAAGGAGUAUUACCAGGCUCUGCUCCAGGAACAGGAAGAGCGCCACCUAAACCGUGCCGCCAGUCUCAAGAGGCAGAUUGCCCAGCUCAAGCAGGAGCUGCAGGAAGUGAGUGAGAAGUUGAAGAUCCUGCAAGAAAAGAAGGAGCUCCCAGGGGUGCAGGGCCUGGCUGAGACUAAAGACCAAGAGCCAGGAGAUCUGCUGGAGUACCUGCAUUCUCAAAUUGACAAGGCAGAGGUCAACACAGGGGCACGUCUACCCAGUGAGUAUGCUCUGGUGCCCUUUGAGAGUUUCACCUCGUCCAAGGUGUAUCAGCUAGAGAUGGGGCUGACGCGGCACCCAGAGGAGAAACCUGUCCGCAAAGACCGCAGGGACGAGCUGGUGGAAGUCAUUGAGGCCGCACUGGACAUCAUUAACAACCCUGAUGAGGAGGAUGGCGUGGAGGACGACAUGCCAAUGCAGAGACAAAUGUAUACAGAGGGUCACUUUACUGAGGGACUGUACAGGACAGAGCGAGACAAAGGGACGCUUUACGAACUGUUCUUUGCCAAAGAGGAUGCCAGCAGCUUCCGCCAUGUCACGCUCUUCAGGCCUUUUGGUCCCUUAAUGAAAGUCAGGAGCACAUCUGUAGAAACAUCAGGACUGAUUAUCAACAUCAUUGUGCCACUGGCAGGCAGAGUAGAAACUUUCUUACAGUUCUUACACAACUUCAGGGAGGUGUGCAUACAGCAGGACAGAAGAAUACAUCUCACAGUGGUUUAUUUUGGGCAGGAAGGCCUUCAAGAGGUGAAGUUAUCGUUGGAAAAAAUGUCAAGUGAGGAGAGCUUCUCUAAUUACACUCUGAUCCCUGUGGAUGAAGAGUUUUCCCGAGGUCGGGGUCUGGAUAUUGGAGCCCAUGCCUGGAAUAAGGGCAACGUCUUAAUGUUCUUCUGUGACGUUGACAUCCAUUUUACACUGGAGUUUCUCAACACCUGUCGUCUCCACACCUCUCCAAACAAGAAGGUCUUUUAUCCGGUGGUGUUCAGUCUGUACAAUCCUGCCAUAGUCUAUGGAAAUUUGGAGCUGGCUCCACCUGUUGAACUCCAACUAAUUCACAAAAAAGAUGCUGGGUUCUGGAGAGAUUUUGGCUUUGGAAUGACUUGCCAGUAUCGCUCAGAUUUCCUGAAUAUUGGGGGGUUUGAUCUUGAAGUCAAAGGUUGGGGUGUAGAAGACGUCCACUUGUACAGGAAGUAUCUUCGGAGCGAUCUGAUAGUGAUCCGAACACCAGUGUCGGGUCUCUUCCACCUGUGGCAUGAGAAGCAGUGUGCAGAUGAGCUGACGCCGGAGCAGUACCGUAUGUGCAUCCAGUCUAAAGCCAUGAACGAGGCCUCCCACUCUCACCUGGGCAUGCUGGUUUUCCGUGAGGAGAUUGAGGCUCACCUACGCAAGCAGGCUUUCAAGACUCAGAGCAAAACAGAGGAGUGAGAAAUCGUUUGUGCCUGACAUCAUUCCAAUACACUCGGACUGUGAGGUACUGACAGUAUUAACACACUACAGCAAAGACGUUUACAUGGAUCCUCCUAUAUUUCACCGCACAGCUGUAGACAAAAUGAAUGUAUAAAAAAAGAACACCGAUAAAUGUGAAACUUCACAUGGUACAACUCUUAUAGAAGAGCUACAGUAGUAUCAAACACAAGUCAGUGAUCAAAUUAGUAAUAUUUAACCCGCUGAAGGAAAACUUCCACAACAAGUACUAUAUCUUUUGGAUUUAGGUUGACAUUGUAGUUGAUGUAUUGAAAUAAUUUCAGUAUGCAGUUAUUAACUUGGGAAACAAACUUCUUAUUAAGCCAUUCUGCCUGCUUCAAACACUCAACAUGACUUGCAUCUGAUUUCUUUACCAUGUCCACCACUUUUCGCUGCAGUCAGAGGAAUUCAACUGAUUUCUGCAAGGUAUCAGGCAAGCUCAAAUACAAGCAGCUAUCAGUGUUUGGUUAUACUUUGUAACGAAAGGUUAAUGUCUUAAUUGUAAAACGUAACUGUUGACAAAAGGAACAAAAUGUUGCUGCACUUUCUCAAAAUGAAAGUUAAAGAAAUGGAGGUCAAGAAACUUUUGUACUGAUUCUCAGCUUUGUGCUUUGAUUAAAGCAGUUUAGUCUUUCACUUUAUACAGUAUAUUAGUAGUUGUAUGUGGAGAUAUACUCUUCUGUAGCGGUUGAAUAAGGGGACCUGUUUAGGUUUUAUGUGACGAUCACUUGUGCCGGUGAUGGUCAUAAUGUUCCUUUGCUCAUGACUACUUCGACUUGAUCAGUUUAGCACAGAGGCAUGUUGAUCAAUAAAUACUUAGGACCUGGAGCAAAGCUCUGCUUAUAGCAUGCAGCACUAUGAUAUUAGGUUUCCAAUGACCAGAGUUAUUGUUUAAAUAACAAAGAUCUGUCAUUUACGGCUAGUGAAAAUCACUCAGCACUACGACUGAGACUGAAUGUUAACAGCCGCUCUUGUAAAUACUUUUCUAAUCUUCCUCUUUCAUACAUGUGAGUUGAAUACUUUUGUUGUAUGUGCCUACUUGCUUAAGUAAAAUGAAAUGUUGAAGAGAUUGUUUUGAAAAUGUUUGAAGCUGUAGGUUUGUUAAUAUUAUUCCGUCUCAUAAUGAGAAGAUGUUACAGCUGACGAGUUCAGUCAGAAUUUAGAGGUGUCAUGUUAAUGAGUACAA